AGAGAGAGAGAGAGAGAGAGAGAGAGAGAGACUGCUCAAAUACUGGAGACGGACGGCUCACAGAGAGAGAGAGAGAGAGAGUCAGAGAGAGAGAGAGGCAAAGGAAGAUCUAAUUGGAGAGAGAGUCAGAGAGAGAGAGAUCAUCAAUGGGGUUUACAGCAAAGGGCAAGAGAGACAGCAACAACAACAAUGAAAGCUGGGGACUGGGCUUUUUCCUAGUCUUCUUCCCCGACAACGAACAAGAACAAUCAUCACCCAUUGACAAUAUCAAAAACACCACCAUUUCCAAUUCCUUCAAAUCCACCAUCCACAGCAACACUCCUCCUCCUUCUCCAACACUCACUCGCCGCCCCGCAGCCUCAUCUUACCCCCUCCUCCUCUCCAAAGCCCAAUCCACCAUCUCCAUCUGCGCCCUCCUCGUCUUCCUCUCUCUCCUCUUCUUCACUCUCUCCUCCUUCGAACCCACCUCCACCCCCUCCUCCUUCUCUACUCGCCGCCACCUCUCCUCCUCAAACCACCCCCAAUCCCUCCCCAAACCCAUUUACCAAAACACCCCCCAACGCUCACCUCACGCCUUACAAGGCCUGGGCGAUUUGUACAGAAAAGGCACCAAAGCCAUGAACGACCUCACUGUCGGCCACGUCAUAGAAUCCGUCACGGAGCAAGAACUCCGUUUAUUCCUCAGAUUAUUUUACAAAUCUCCUUUCUCCUCUAAAUCAGACCUUUUAUUCAUUUUCCCCUCUCCAUCGCAUUCCUCCGCAUUCCGUUCAGUAAUCUUUCAAGAAACCGAGUCGUUUUUCAAACUCGUUAAUCCAACCCAGUUCUUCAAACCCCCCGAGUCAACUAGUUUUGAUGAUGAAAGAGAGUUUUUGGACAAGGAGAAGGAAAAGGGGGAGACAAUUUGGGGGAGGGGGAUAAGGAGAGAGAACUUGACUGAGUCGACCCGGGCGAGUUACGGCUCGGUGGUGGGUUUCGUGGUGGACGAGCUCGACCCGGAGACCUCGCUCUCGGGUUUUUUGGACCACGUGCCGAUGAGCAUGAGGAGGUGGGCGUGUUACCCGAUGCUGUUGGGUCGGGUACGGAGGAAUUUCAAGCACGUUGUGUUAGUGGACGUUAAGGAAGUGUUGCUACUCGGUGACCCGCUGAGUCGAAUCAGGAACCGGAGUCCCGAGUCCGUUCAGCUGUUAUCUACCGAGGCAGGCGGUGCACAUAAUACCAACAAGCAGCACGGGAAGAGAAACGCGGCGAAAACCCAGUCGCGGAAGCCGGUGAACUCGGCCGUGGUUUUGGGCGGCACCAGGGGAGUCCGGCGGCUCUCGAAUGCCAUGCUGACGGAGAUAGUCCGAGUCACGACCCAACACAAGAAUAAGAACUCGGUGACCGAGUCGGGGCUGUUCAACCAACUCGUUGGCAAUGAGUUCAUACUGAAGAAUGUGAAUGUGGUCAGGUCGGCCGAGUCGAUUCCCGAUUUGAGUUCACUCACUGGGUUGAACUCAAACUCCGGUUCAUCCCUGUCUUUAUCAAAUUAUAUCAUGCUUCGGCGUGGUAAUAGCAAUAGUGAUAGUACUUCUAUCAUUAUGAAGCAUGUCUGUGGACUAGAAUUAAAUUCCUCGGUUUAUAGCGAUUGUUUGUAAAUGUGGUAAAUAAUAAGUUCAAUUUAUUUAAUUGGAGAUUUUGUAUCCCACACUUUUAGUUUUCACACAAUGUAUAAAACAUUUUACGAUUAUAUUC